AUGCUGUACUACGACUCAAAUUAUAAUGUUCUAAUUUGCAGGUCCCACAAGCACGCGGUGAGAGACCUAGGAUGGCACCUUCGAAUCCACGGGGUUUCCGGAAGGGAGCGUGAAGCCCUUCUCACCGAGUACGGCUCACGGACCAUACGAGACCCCCGUUUCAGGCUUGCGGAUAGCACCGAUGUCCGAAGCUGGCUGGCCGAUCCUGUCGAAGGAUACUUAUGCGCAAGAUGCAACUUCAUGACGAGGAAAUACAUGCACCUCCUCAUGCACUGGGAAAAGGCCCACUAUGAUUUGCACAAUGCUCCACGUCCUACUUUUGCGGAGCCUAGAAGCCAUGCCAAAUGCAUUUGGAUGCAGACCCUCUACCCUUCUCCCUUCAUUAGAUGGUUCGCUGUCGAGUAUCGGAGGGGGUCCAUUUUUAGCGAAAGGCAUGAAAAGAUGCCCGUUGGUGCCGAGUGGCGACCGGAGUUUUUGAAUGAUUGUAUACAUAACCUACGUGAGACAUACAAACCAGCCCUUCUUGGCAUGCCUAGAGAAAUCCGAGAUAUGAUAUACGAGCUUGUCCUUACAAAGGACGCCACCUACCAUAUUGAAGACAUACUAGGCCCGGUUGAGCCCGAAUUCGGUGGUGGGAUGAUUGACGAUGAACACGAUCUAGCGUUCGGCACCUUAGGCGAUCGAAAGAAGCCUUAUGAUUUCCGAAAGGUGGCUGAACGUGACCUCGAAGCCUUCUAUCGGAACGGACAACCUACUAAGCUACGAGCAGUCAUGCUAUCUUCUCACCAAAAGCAGCCGGUCAAUCUUCUUCGUACGUGCUUCGUGAUAUACCUGGAGGCCGCAGAAUUUUUUUACACCAAGAAUCGUUUCUUCAUUCACAUGCGUUGGCAGAACUUCAUGACCGCGAUCCACUUUCUCACAUCGCUUCGUCCCCAAACAAGAAACCAUAUCCGUGAUUUGGGCAUCAAGAGUCUAAGACCUCCUCAAGGAGCGGAGAAACCGUGGGAGGGACCGUCGCCCAAACAGGCGCUCCUCUAUUACUUCUCCAUGAGGGAAUUUCUACGGGUUUGCGUACCUUCGAUGUCCCUCAAAUCUAUUGUCCUUUGCUUCAAUCUCCAGGACAUUGACGAGGGAGGCCACUUAUCUCCGCGCUCUUCUACCCAAUCACCUUGGCUAAAUCCAUUCUUACGGCUUUCUACCGCGUCAAUUGAGAUCCGUAUCGCAAGCUUUGACUUCACGGGAUAUGAGACUGGAACCGGCACAAUCGACACUUCAGCAGGCAGGCUUGUUGAUAAGCUCUGUGUGGUGGAUCGUUUGAAGUGUAUCAAAGGCCGAUGGGGGCACGGUGAUGACUACGGUGGUGAUAUUUAUGCGUGGUGGAAUCGAGUGCUUCCUAAAAAAGGGAGAGAGAUAUCAUGA